AUGACCAGCCUAGUGACGAAGGAUUCCUGGCUCAUCAGCCAAGGUCAAGACGGAGAUGGCAUCCCAGAGGUGAUUGGGGGUUUCACGGUACCGAACCCGUUGCACAUCUUCACGGACAUCUCCAACUACGAGCGGUGUGGAGUCUUCCCCAUGGUUUACUCUUGCAACGGCCCAGUCGUAGUCGAGAAAUGCAUUCAGCGCCGGUUAUCCACUCUCGCCCAAGGUCUAGACCUUGUCAGUCAUGACCUCAAUGUCAUCGUGUACGCGGGCGUGGACGGCAUGAUUGGUCACCUCAACCUGUUCAUCGCGGGGGUCCUGCACCGGGACCCGUCUGUCGGCAACUUACUGAUCGACCCGAACCCAGGCGUGCGCACCGACGAGCAGAUUUUCAACAAUAAUUGUUUGCGUCUCGACAAAUUUGAAUUCCUGAAGACUAUUGGUCACCUGAAACGAUGCUAUGGCUAUCUCAUUGAUAGCGAUCUUGCUAUUCGUUGGAAGGACCAGCGCGAAGCCGCGAGACAUCGAUCGGGUACCCUCCCAUUCAUGUCUCACCGACUCCUUGAAUCCUGGGACAGCCGGCCUUUGCACACAGCCAUCGACGAUCUCGAAUCUUUCGUUUGGAUCGUUCUUUGGUCUGCCCUGAAGACUAUCAAAUCUCCGACGUUCCGUGAGCUUGAUUGGCUCACCCGAAUAUCGGACGACGAUAUCCAGGUAGUGGCCGCCUUUAAGAUGACCAUCAUGAUCCUGAUCUCAAAGCCUCGCACUGAGCUCUCCCCGGAGCUUAAACCUUUCCAUCCCCUCUUCAAACGUUGGUUUUCGAUUGCCUUGGAUGCGCAGGACAAGCUCGAUGAACUCAUUGCGAGCGCAACAAUCAAGGCUGUGCCGACAAUUGACUUGGAUACUCUUCUGUGCGACAAGGCCAAGUCUGUGCAUUUCAUCCAGGAGGUAGAGGAACUGUGUUUUGGAUACUAUCAGCAGUAUCUCAAGGGGGGAACAGAGUUUCUGCAGGGUCGUGGAAUGUACGGUGACUUGGAAAAGGCGUGA